CCCGCCCAUGACGGGAUGGGAAAACUAUGCCUGGGGCCCGCAUCUCCCGGAGCAGCAGGCAGGACCCAGCACCGCCAGAGCUGGACCGUGGCGCGGGGUAGAGAGGCAAGAAGACUCUAUGAAGCCUUUCUUCCCAUCCCAUACCCAGAAAGAACAAUUUAGAUGACAGUGUUUAAAAAGGUGACCACCAUGAUCUCCUGGGUGCUCUUGGCCUGUGCCCUGCCGUGUGCUGCUGACCCGCUGCUUGGCGCCUUUGCUCGGAGGGACUUCCAGAAAGGUGGCCCUCAACUCGUCUGCAGUCUGCCUGGUCCCCAAGGCCCCCCUGGCCCCCCAGGAGCACCAGGAUCCUCAGGAAUGGUGGGAAGAAUGGGUUUUCCUGGUAAAGAUGGCCAAGAUGGCCAGGACGGAGACCGGGGGGACACUGGAGAAGAAGGUCCACCUGGCCGGACAGGUAACCGUGGAAAGCAAGGACCAAAGGGCAAAGCUGGGGCCAUUGGGCGGGCUGGCCCUCGAGGACCCAAGGGGGUCAGCGGUACCCCAGGGAAGCAUGGCACACCAGGCAAGAAGGGACCUAAAGGCAAGAAAGGGGAACCUGGGCUGCCAGGCCCCUGCAGCUGCGGUAGUAGCCGGGCCAAGUCGGCCUUUUCGGUGGCGGUGACCAAGAGCUAUCCACGGGAACGACUGCCCAUCAAGUUUGACAAGAUUCUGAUGAAUGAGGGUGGCCACUACAAUGCAUCCAGUGGCAAGUUCGUCUGCAGCGUGCCGGGGAUCUACUACUUCACCUAUGACAUAACGUUGGCCAACAAACACCUGGCCAUCGGCCUGGUACACAACGGCCAGUACCGUAUUCGGACUUUCGAUGCCAACACCGGCAACCACGACGUGGCCUCGGGCUCCACCAUCCUAGCUCUCAAAGAGGGUGACGAAGUCUGGCUGCAGAUCUUCUACUCAGAGCAGAAUGGACUCUUCUACGACCCUUACUGGACCGACAGCCUCUUCACAGGCUUCCUCAUCUAUGCUGACCAAGGAGACCCCAAUGAGGUAUAGACACGCUGGAGAUGAGUUUCUGGAGAUGGGUGCUGAUGGAGGAAGACCUCUGGACUGGGGCUGGGGUCUGGCAGUCUUGGGAGUUUCUCUCCCCAGGCUGGCCUCCUCUGUUGCUGCUUUAAAAAAAGAAAACAUUAAA